CUACAGGCGGCUGAGGCCGGGGCCGUCGCGCCACACGGGAGGGAGCAGGCUGGCCCGGCACGACCCCGCCCGCAGCUCCCGCCCGUGCCUCGGAGACGCCAACCCAGCAGCAGCAGCAGCUGCCUCAGAGACGCCGCCGGUCCCGGCCUGCUUGGAACACGCGGACGGGGCGGGAAUGUUGCUCUCCAAGAUCAACUCCCUGGCCCACCUGUGCUCCGCGCCCGGAGGGGACCUGCACCCGGUCAAGCCCCUGCCAGGAAAAGAAAAGGAACCCCUGGAGAAGUUGUACCAGGUGGGCCCGCUGCUCGGUAGUGGCGGCUUCGGCUCGGUCUACUCGGGGACCCGGCUGGCGGAUGGAGCUCCGGUGGCGAUCAAGCAUGUGUCCCGCGACCGGGUUUCGGAAUGGGGGGAAUUGCCUGGUGGAACGAGGGUACCGAUGGAGAUCUUGCUCUUGAAGAAGGUUGGCUCUGGCUUUCGGGGCGUAAUCCGGCUCCUGGAUUGGUUUGAGAGGCCAGACAGUUUUAUUUUGGUUUUGGAACGGCCUGAUCCCGUGCAGGAUCUCUUUGAUUUCAUCACGGAGCGGGGUGCUCUGCCCGAAGACUUGGCUCGCAGCUUUUUCCGUCAGGUUUUGGAGGCGGUUCGACAUUGUCACAGCUGUGGGGUUCUGCACCGGGAUAUCAAGGACGAGAAUAUCCUGAUUGACCUGAGCAGUGGAGAGCUCAAACUUAUAGACUUUGGAUCUGGAGCGCUGCUCAAGGACACAGUGUACACUGACUUUGAUGGGACUCGUGUAUAUAGUCCUCCAGAAUGGAUUCGCUACCACAGGUACCAUGGUAGAUCUGCUGCUGUCUGGUCGCUUGGAGUACUGCUCUAUGACAUGGUCUGUGGUGAUAUCCCCUUUGAACAUGAUGAGGAGAUCGUAAGAGGUCAAGUUUAUUUUCGGCAAAGGAUUUCUCCUGAGUGCCAGCAUCUUAUUAAGUGGUGUUUAGCUCUGAGGCCUUCUGACCGGCCAUCCUUUGAAGACAUUCUGAACCAUUCUUGGAUGCAAGAAGUUCUCCUGUCUCAGGAAACAGCUGAGAUCCACCUGCACAGUCUACUGCACGAGUCUAGAAAAUAGCAGUGUGUCUCAUCCUUUUGGGGUGCAAAACAGAAUUCUGCCCUACUGAUUCUGGCUGAGUGGGGAUUUUUACAGGAAUACCAUCAUCUCAUUGCAGACACAGGCUGCCUGGAGACAUUUCCAAGCCUGAAAAAACCAUCUCUCCUGGACGAGUGGAUUUAAACUCUUUGGGUCCCGCUUUGCAAACCUCCUUGCCACUAGAUGACUUGAGCAACUCCAUGCGUGUUCAUAACCUGCUGAAUCCUAGAAUAUGAAACAAGUGGAGCAGACAACUAGAGCAGACUCUCAAUUGGGGGAAUCUGGGAUGGGGAAACACCAAUUUGGACUGGCCCCUGUCUUCACUGUGUCACCAUGUUCUGAGUGCCUUCAGUUGCAACUGAGCUGUGCUGGGGGAAAGAAAAUACUUGAGCGUUCCUUCCUUGCUGCUGCCUCAAGAUUUACCUGGGUUUUGGUUUGUUCCACCUUCUAAAAGAACUGCUUGAAAAGAGGCUUUGGGUGAUCCACUGGCAAACCCUAGCUCUGUGCUGUACAAUAUGAACUCUGAGUUGGCUCUUGCCACCUCUCACGUGAAGGCAUCCUCAAGUGCACAAACAAUGCAACCCAAUUAACUGUAAAUUUGUACAGAUCAAUACAGGAACAAAGCUUGGUGUACAGAAGAUUGCAGUUUAUAAUGUUUUUACUCCUGUUUUUUUAAUUUAUUUCUAGGGUUUUUUAAUGGAAUAUCCUAACUUUAGGAUCUUAUUUAUUUUAUUUAUGAAUCAUGUGGGUUCUUAGCCUACACUUCACCGCUACAGCUGCUGACCUGAUAUCCUGUCACAUUGCCCCUCUCCUCCCCUUUCCCAACUUCCUUCCUCCAUUGGGUUAUUUUCUGCCUAUUCUGCUCUGUUUGAUGUCUUGCCACUGUAUGGAGUAGCUGACCUGCCACUCAGCCAUCUGUAAAUAGUUCCAGCUGUGGCUGUUCAGCCUCCCCGAAUGUUUGAGACAUGUUUUCACAGGUAUUGGUGGGGGGAGGGCAUAUGUACAUAGUACUCUUCUUACUUAAAGUGGAGCGAGAUACCCUGGACUUCAACAUUGUCAAGCUUCUAUAAGUAAUUUGGUGUGUAGUCUGCUGGUUUUGUUAAUAGCUAAUACUGUACAGGGAAUUCAGAAUUGCUAUUUUUUUUAUACAUGCAGUUUUAAAUAAAAAUGAAAACUUGAUUUUAA